GCGGGCCUCCAGGCCGUCGGUGUAGGCAGCAAUGCCCAUCUCGUCUUUGUGCGCGGAGGCAGACGUCAUCAGAAAGGUGGACGGGCACUAUGUACACGGCCCUAGGUUCGCUAGAGGGAGCUGUACUGUCUCAGUAACCUUGUUUUGCCAUCAAAGGAGGAGGGGACGACAGGUGGUGAAGAGCUGAUUGGGCUGGUUGACCCUUCGGCGCGAAAAUUUCCAGACCAACAACCCUAAGUGCAACGAGGGAGAAAGCGAGGAACCGACUGGGAAGGACAGCAACGAGAGCGUGUACGAAGCGAAGCGGGUCGAGUUUGGUCGUGCUAGGACUGGCGACAGCGGCACCGGAGCGGCGGCACCGGAGCAGCGGAACCGGAGCAUGCGGACGGCAUCGAACCGUGGUGCACGGACAAAC